ACAUAGGUUGACAGUGGCCACCCUCCGUGACGUCAGCUAGCCCUAGGAAGUUAUUUGCAACUCACACCAUGUCACACAAGCACUCCGCACUCUCAAGUCCUGAAGAAGUUUAAAGGUUACCUGCCAGGCAAUGGACAUGAAGGCCUAUCUCCAGAGGGUGAAUUUGACAGAUACUGCACCUCCUUCCCUCGCUGCAUUACGUGAAUUACACCGCCACCAUGUACACUCUGUGCCCACAGAAAGUCUCAGCAUACAUAGCGGGGAAAAAAUUAUCUUGGAUAUUCCAUGGAUAUAUAAUAAAAUAGUUGUUAGGAGACGAGGUGGUUUCUGUUAUGAGAACAAUGGACUGUUCUUAUGGGUGCUGCAACAACUGGGCUACAAAACACAGGUGCUGUCAGCCAACGUGAGGAACAUAUUCAUUGGCAUUUAUGGUCCACCAUUUGACCAUAUGAUAUUGACGGUAGAACUGGAAGGAAGGAGAUGGCUUUGUGAUGUUGGUUAUGGUGAAGGGAUUGUUGAGCCAUUUCCGCUGGAGGAUGGAUGGGAAGAGGAGCAGGACAGCGGUUUGUAUCGGUUACGGGUAGAAGGAGAUGAGUGGUACAUGGAGAGGAAGGAGGAAGAAAUCUGGAGGAGUCUAUUCAAGUUCACCCUCGAGGAGAAGAAAUUUGAAGAUUUCCAGGAGAUGUGUGAAUAUCACCAGACUUCGCCCAGUUCUGUAUUUGUUCGAAAGUCCUUCUGUUCCCUUCAGCUCCCACGUGCAAGGCUGACGUAUAUGGGGCGCCGUCUGAUCAGCACCCAGUACACCAAGGGAGGUGGAAGUGUGAAGACCACUCAAGAACUCACUGAGGAAGAGAUCCCAAGUUUACUCAAUGAUAAAUUUGGAAUUGUUCUGAAUGGAAAACUGAUACCGAAGGAUGAAAAUAUUGUGAUACCAAAUCAACUUCAAUCAGACGACUCUUCCAAGCCAGAUCUGAACACCUAUCUCCAGAGGGUUGGCCUUCCAGAAUUCAUGGCACCUUCAAUGCAACCAUCCCUUUCUGGGUUACGAGCUGUACAUCGCCACCACUUGCUCUCUAUCCCUUUUGAAAGCCUUAGUAUGCACAGUGGGGAAAAAAUCCAUCUAGAUAUUUGCUGGAUAUAUGAGAAGAUUGUCCUGAGAAAACGUGGAGGCUUCUGUUUUGAGAACAAUGGUCUUUAUUUUUGGGUCUUGCAACAAUUGGGGUACCAGCCACAGGUCAUAUCGGCCAAAGUGAGGGAUGAAGUCACCGGUCUUUAUACACCUCCACUUUCACACAUGUUGUUACUAGUGGAACUUGAGGGAAGGAGAUGGCUUUGUGAUGUUGGUUUUGGUGAAAGUAUCUUAGAGCCAUUUCCGUUGGAGGCCGGAUGGGAGGAGGAGCAGGGAAGCUGUGUGUAUCGAUUACGAGUAGAAGGAGAUGAGUGGUACAUGGAGAGGAAGGAAGAGGAAGACUGGAGGAGUCUAUACAAGUUCACCCUCGAGGAGAGAACAUAUGAGGAUUUCCGGGAUAUGUGUGAAUAUCUUCAAACUGAACCUAGCUCUUUUUUUGUCCGUAAAUGCUUCUGCACCCUAAGGCUCCCCCACGGAAGACUGACGUACAUGGGGCACCGGCUGAUCAGCACCGAAUACACCAAAGGAGGUGGAAGUGUGAAGACCACUCAAGAACUCAAUGAAGAGGAGAUUCCAGGUGUACUGAGAGAUAAAUUUGGGAUUGUGCUGAGUGGGAAACUGAUACCAAAAAAUGACUAACCAUUUACCAAUAACCGUCAACCCAGUAACAUCUAUCCAUCAUUAUACAUACAGACGUGGACAAAAUUGUUGGUACCCUUUGGUCAAUGAAAGAAAAAGU